AUGGAUAUCACCAUUAAUGGCGUUACAGAGACAUGGAUUAAAGAGACUUCCUCCGACCAAACUCCUCCUUCCACUGGCAGCAUUCCAAAGUUUUGGACCAAGUGUCACUACUGCACUGUGUGGUACAGAUUGCAUAUAUGCUUUGUCCGCAUAACGAACACAUGUCGAUCUUGCAACAAGGAGUUCUUCGCGCACGAGUUACCUCGUCAAGGUCUUUUACCAGGGAAAAACUCAUCUAAGGACAUUAUGCAUAAAAGGGCACUGAUGAUUAAAAGGCUCCUUGAGAUACACAAGAAACAUCCAGUUGCAUCCAACUCACGUCCAAGCUUUUGGACUACGUGUAGACACUGUGGGUAUAGAGAGCGUUUUCUUAAAGUGUAUAAGGACAAAUGGUUCGUUUGUGCCAAGUGUCAGGAGGAAACCAUUGCGAUGGAAGUCCUUGCAAGGUCAGGCGAGGUGUUGUUCAACAAAUUGUUCCAUGAGUUAAAGUUCAGGAGUAAGAGUGAAGCUACCACACUUGUGUCCGGUAAGAAAAGCUCUCCUGGUUUGAGCUGUGAUGUGAAGGUUGGUGAGAAGAGAAAGAGGGAAGAGGUUGCUGCUGCUGCUUUAUCUCAAAAUCACAGCAAGCUUGAAGGUGUUAUUGAUAAGGCUGUAGACAAAAACAGAAGAGGAUUCAAUGGCAAUGGAGAUGAAGGAAGGCGAGAAGCGUCAAACUAUGGGAAUGCUAAGGUGGAUGACAACUUUAGUUUAUGCGAUUCAAGUUCAGGAGGUGAUGUAGUACAACCAAAGAUUGCUGAAUGUGCUGAUCUGAAGUUUAACGACUUUGAUAAGCUGAGGGAAGAAGUCAACUUUGCAGUUGGCCAGGUCUGGUCUCUCUAUGACACAACAGAUAAGGUUCCUAGACAGUAUGCUCUGAUCAGAAAAGUUUCAGCUCCUUUUUGCCUUAGAAUCACAUAUCUAGAGCCAGAUCCUGAUGAUGAGAAACAGAUCCAGUGGUUCGAACAAGACCUGCCUGUUUCUACUGGUCAAUUCAGGCUUGGGAAAAACCAGAACACAAAAGACCGUUCACUAUUCUCACAUGUUACCCACUGCAACGAAGGCAGCAACUCUGGUCAUUUUACUGUUUCCCCAAGGAAAGGAGAGACCUGGGCUCUAUUCAAGAACUGGGAUAUUGACUGGUCUUCAGAGCCAGAUUCUCACCGCAAAUAUGAGUAUGAGUUUGUUGAGAUUUUGUCAGAUUACACUGAUGGAGAUGGUGUAUCUGUUGCAUUCUUGCAUAAAGCAAAAGGCUUUGCGAGUGUCUUCUUCCGAAUGGGAACUGGUGAUGAGGCAGACACAUUGCACAUAUUACCUCACAGUUUGUACCGAUUCUCCUAUAGGAUCUCUUCCUUCAAACUGACUGGAAUCGAAGGAAAAGGUGUGCCAAAGUCUGCUUAUGAGCUGGACCAAGCUGCGUUACCAGAAAAAAUUUCAGAGGUAGUCGUCCCUUCACAUCUAGUAGCAAAGCCAGCCCCUCCAGAGCCUAGACCAGAAGAGCUCUGCUUUACUAUAAACGGAAAGGUUUUUCAAACUGGCCAGAUCUGGUCAUACACCGGAUGUUUUGAUAACAUGCCUAGGGACUACUGUAGGAUCUAUAAGAUCAGUUUAACUCAAGCAUUCGAGCAGGCUCCGGUUUACAAAAUGCACGCGUUUCGAUUUAAGGCUACACCUUUGCCUAAGGAUAUCAUCCCUUGGGAGGAGAAGAAAUAUGGGGACAAGAAAAUGCCUGUUGGUUUGGGAACUUACUUGUUAACUCAAGGUUCCGUAGCGCUCACUCCUGAUCGUCUCUCACAUCUGAUAGUGCCUGGUACCUCCUCCAAGGAUAGAAAUGAAUAUACUAUUCUUCCCAAGACUGGUGAAGUGUGGGCGAUAUACAGAUUCUGGACUCCUUACCUUAGUGCCGAUGAAAUGGAGAAAAACUACGUGGACUAUGGCAUUGUCGAGGUUCUUGAUGACGCCUCGGACUAUAAGGUUUUGGCGUUGGAGCCUGCGUUGCAGUUUAGUGAAGAUGGAAGGCAAAAGACAGUGUUUAGAGCGGCUGAGAGCAAGCCACUUGAUUUUGAUGAUGACGAUGGGACGGGAGUGAUAUAUACAAUCCCAAAGUCAAAAAUGCUGAGAUUCUCUCAUCAGAUUGCUGCUUCACGGGUAACCAAGGAGAUAGAUGGAGAGUUGAAAGAACUUUUUGAACUUGAUUCUACAGCAGUGCCUGUAUUGUGAGUUUUCAAGAGCAUUGAGCAACGGGUGUCAGAGAAGAAUGCGUCCCUUUUGUUAGCUUUUUGGUUCAUUCUGACUCUCAAGGUUUGUUGUUCUUGCUGAAAGAGUUUAUCCAUGGUUUAUGUAUGUUUUUCUUUUGUUGGUUCAAGUCUAUGGAAAGUCAUGAAUCCUGAGAUGGUUUGUUGGAAAAGAGCAGUUGUUUAGAUUAGACUGAGAAACUUACUGAACUCUCUCCAUGUUUAGUUACUAGUCACUUAGUUCAAUUGUGGUCUCUGUUCAGUGUUUAUCAACCUCUCCUUGCGUAUAUAUCUGCUAUGAGCUGAAGUAAUCUCAACAUUGCCUGUG